CUUUACUCUCCUACUACCGGGCAGCAGACCUGCAAUAGUUAUAGUGGUUCCACAUCUGAAAUUGAUCGAUAACAAAAGCACAGCAGAUGGGAGUCUGGGACUUGAUCAACUCAACAACUGAAGCCGUGAAGCGAAACGCACCCGCUCCAGCGGCCGUCAUAGAUGCAUGCAAAGCCUCCUACGGUUACAGCUCUGCCGUAGUUGGCAACAUCGAUAACGCCGUCAGAGUCAACGGGAUGCAGGCGCUCAAUGACUACAUGCCCAGCGAGGAAACCCGGUCAAGGAUCAGCCUUUUCGCUUCCAAGUUCACCCAAAAUGCUGCUCGUCAUGCUCUCCGGGAAGGGUACAAAUUGAUCCCUGGUGGAAAAGCAGUGGCUGAAAUUAUUUCUGAGACAAUGAAUGAUGUGAAAUCUGAGAAUCUCAGCACACAAAAGAUGAUGGCAGUGACCCAAGUUACUGGAAGUGGUGGCGGAGGGAAAGUCUCCGCUGGCAGGAAUUUGCUUGACCGAGUAGAAAUGCAAAGCAGAGGUUUGGAAAUGGGGUCAGCUAACAAGGGAAACUUUGCGGCGGAAUCAACUGCAAAUCAGACACCAGAAGAUGUGCUUCGCAUUUUCAUGAUGAAGGAGUUUAUGGGCAAGCGUUUUGCUGAUGAUUUGAUACUUCCUCAGAUUAUGCAUGGCAUCAAAACCAAGUAAAUGGCUGCAAUAAGGUCUUUGAUCAUUAAGUAAGGCUUUGGUCUUUCCUACUGAUGGAGUAAUAUGCUUUUCUGAUUUCUGUAGUCUACUCUGGUGUGUUUCAGCAAUAUAUAAAUAGUAGUAGUUUUUUUUCUUGAAUCCAGCUCCUUCAAGCCUUAAUGGUGGUUUUCAUUGUUUAAAAAGGAAAAAAAGAAGGAAAGAAGCUGUUGUUGGGUUUUCUGCGUCUUCCUAAUGAACUUGUGAAGUUUCCGGAAAUUAUAAAAAGAAAAGAAAAAAGUUUGAAGAAUAA